ACUGGCUGAUGGGGCUCAAACUGGUACGAGGUUGGUGGAUGAUCACAUGAUAACAAUCCAGUGGGCAGGAGCCUGGUUCAAACCCGCCAUUUUCCUGGAACUCCUGAUCCUUUUCGGCAGAGGAAGAAAGAGGAUUUGAACCCUGGGUGGCGAUAGCUGCCCAAGUGACCGCCGAGCCCGUAAAUAAGAAAAACUCAGAGCAGCCCGUCCCGAACGGGGCUCUCCUUUCCCGGGUUUCCAGUUUACUUUUUGUUUUUUUUUGUUGUGUGGUUUCUCUUUCUAACCUUUCUUUUUGGUCUGCCUGGCUGGGGUGGCUCCGUGAGAGGGAUUUAAACCCCCUCUGUGCGUGAAUCUGCUGCUGGCGAGGAGGGAAGAUGUCGGGACAGAGUAUCACGGACCGGAUUGCCGCGGCUCAGCACAGUGUCACCGGCUCGGCCGUCUCGAAAACCGUAUGUAAAGCCACAACACACGAGAUCAUGGGCCCCAAGAAAAAGCACCUAGAUUAUCUCAUUCAGUGUACAAAUGAGAUGAAUGUAAACAUACCUCAGCUGGCAGAUAGCCUUUUUGAAAGAACUACAAAUAGCAGCUGGGUAGUGGUAUUCAAGUCUCUCAUCACAACUCAUCAAAUGAUGGUUUAUGGAAAUGAGCGUUUUAUCCAGUACCUAGCUUCAAGAAACACCUUGUUCAACCUGAACAAUUUUCUAGAUAAAAGUGGGUUGCAAGGGUAUGACAUGUCUACUUUCAUCCGGCGUUAUAGUAGAUACCUAAAUGAAAAGGCAGUCUCCUACAGGCAGGUUGCUUUUGACUUCACCAAGGUGAAAAGAGGGGCUGAUGGAGUGAUGAGAACAAUGAGUACAGAGAAAUUACUAAAGACUAUGCCCAUUAUACAGAAUCAGAUGGAUGCAUUGCUGGACUUCAAUGUCAGUGCCAAUGAACUCACAAAUGGAGUGAUCAAUGCAGCUUUUAUGCUACUAUUCAAAGAUGCCAUUAGACUUUUUGCAGCUUAUAAUGAAGGGAUCAUUAAUCUAUUGGAAAAAUACUUUGAUAUGAAGAAAAACCAGUGCAAGGAGGCUCUUGACAUAUACAAAAAGUUCCUUACUAGAAUGACCAGGAUCUCUGAAUUCCUCAAAGUUGCAGAACAAGUUGGAAUCGACAGGGGAGACAUACCAGACCUUUCUCAGGCACCAAGUAGCCUUCUUGAUGCAUUGGAACAGCAUCUGGCUUCAUUGGAAGGCAAGAAAGUUAAAGACUCUUCGACAGCUGCUAGCAGAGCUACCACCCUUUCAAAUGCAGUCUCAUCACUUUCUAACACAGGCAUGUCACUCAGCCGAGUAGAUGAAAGAGAAAAACAAGCUGCUUUGGAGGAAGAACAGGCCCGGUUGAAAGCACUCAAGGAACAGCGUUUGAGGGAACUUGCAAAAAAAUCGUAUCCAUCUUCUGCGACAACUGCCGCAUCACCCAGUUCAACUUCGGGUGGAAGUAUCAGCACAACUGCAGCUGUAGACCUCUUCUCAACACCUGGUUCUUCCAACAGCACUUCCAAAGUGCCAAAUGACUUGCUUGAUCUCCAGCCAACAUUUCAGCCAUCCAUGCAAUCUAUCUCAACAAUGCCUCCAGCAUCUAAUACAUGGGGAGAUCCUUUCUCCUCCUCUGGUGCUGGUGAUGAAGCCAUUCCAAGUUUAAAUCCUUUUCUUACGAAAGCUGAUGAAGUUCUAAAUACCACUGUCGCCUUCUCAGAUGGUGUGACCUUUACUUCUAGGACGCAUAGCCAUGAAAUGUUUGAUCAUUUCAAUCCUUUUACUGAGCCAAGUUCUACUGUUGCCACAAAAUAUGAAUACACCCCUCGGAUUGACCGUUUUGUCUCAGAUUCCUUCUGUGGUCCUCCAGCCUAUUCUAAUGCUUCCCAGUUUAGAACUGAGCCCCCUGCUGUAGCUGGUCUAUUUGCAGGGUUCAAUCCCUCACCAGCUACUCAGGCACCAUCAACAACCAGCCUUAAUGUUGACUUUGAGUCCGUAUUUGGGACUAAAUCAGCUUCCACAGCCAACAGCAUCAUUGAUUCUGGUGACUUUGAUGGAUUAGGUGGACUCUUGAAACCAACAAUAGCUUUGCAGAAUCAGUCUCAACCACUUGCAAAGCAGCAACCAGGCAAGCUUGUAGGAGAAGAUUUGGAUUCAUCGUUGGCUAACCUUGUAGGCAACUUGGGAAUUGGAAAUGGAUCCACAAAAAAAAGUGAUCUUCAUUGGAACCAGCCUGGGGAAAGGAAGUUGACUGGAGGAACCAACUGGCAGCCAAAGCUUGCUCCUACUACCACCUGGAAUCCUGCUACAAUGGCUCCCCCCAUAAUGGCUUACCCAGCGACAACACCGACAGCAGUGAUGGGAUAUGGCAUGCCGCCUGCAAUGGGAACUAUGCCUAUGAUGACGCAACAAACAAUGAUGUACACCCAACCAGCCAUGAGACCAUCAAACCCUUUCAGUUCUGUACCUGGAGCACAGAUACACUUUAUGUAAUGGCAUCAAAUGGAACCAUUCCAAGAAGAUAAGUGCUAAGCAGCAACUUUUAUUCUUGCGAAAUCCUCGCUGUUUGUGAAACUAUCUUCCAUAAGGAUGUUCUCAAUAUGGAUAAUAAACAAGAUUGCAGAAUGACCAAGAUGAAAGGUUCAUUGGAAAGCCAAUGUUGAUGUAUCAACUUCAACAGCAAGUGGAAAGGCUUAUUUUGUUUGGCUGAUGACUGAUUCAAUCAUGAUAUUAAAUUGUUCCAACCAAUAAUGCCGUACAAUACCCUGUACAUCAAAUAAUAUGUUCUCAUGCUGAGUGAAACUCUAUUGAUUCAGAAUUGACAGCUUGAAAAAAACAAUAAGAUUUGUGGCUAAGAGCUGCUGGAUUGUAAAUUAUCAGGAUUUGGUGAGGUAUUCUUUGAAAAGCAGCAGUAAAUUAUGUAACUUUUGUAUGUACACCAAGUAUCAAUUUUUCUUUCACCUUCACAAAAUAAUCAUGCUAAAAUUAUUAAUUCAGAAUUUUACUUUUUAUUCAAGUUUGCAGUAGACAUUCCUUGUGUACUAUGUUUGUAUUUAUUUAUGACUGUCAGAUUAAGUAACAAUAUUGCAUCAGAUGCUUUCUGUAAGGAUUAAUGUGAAUGUGCAUGCUUCAUCAGUUAGAUGAAAACAUGGGUUUGAAUGGAAAAUGCAGUUAAUUGAAAGAUGGAGCACUAAAUAUUCUACAACUCAAGUUUACUUAUCCCUUGUACAAUUAUUUGUAGGCAGAUUCACAAUCUUGCAUUUGUAUGGGAUUUAGGAUGAAUAAUGUAUUAAUCAAUGUAGUUAAUUCUGUGCCUAGGAUUUUGCAAUGGAACAGUUAUUGACUUGCAAACUACUACUUUUGUAUUUUGGCAUUAGCAUAAAUGGGAAGGCCUUUCUAUGCUCAGCAUGUCAUUAUUUUACAUCCGAGUUUAAUGCUGCCUUUCCUGACUAGAAUGUAAAGAAUUGCCUUCAGUUCACAAAGAUCCUCUACCUCCAUAGGACUCCAAAUCAUAUGCAGAUCUCAGAACACUUCAAAUAUUUGUUUAAAUGUCCACACAUGGUGUCUUCACUUGGUUGGUUCUGAGAAGACUUGUUUACACAAAGUUGGAUAUGAGGGAAUAGUUUCUGUGUAGAAAUUUUUUAAAAGUAAAGCAAGAUAAAAUGUAACACAAAGCACUGUUGAUCGGUGCUCACUGUAUAUAACAUGAACUCUGUUCACAUGACUGGUGUGAAGGAUAGCUUGAGCUUAAGGCAAUUCAGUACACAAACUUUGCAAAAUUUUGCUGCAUUGUCUUUGCAGAAUAUAUUUUGUUUAAAUGAAAAAAAUGUAUGUUAGGAGAAAAUUUGGUGGAUUUUCAAAUAAAGAGCAGCUUUCACUGACAUUUUGUUACCAA